AUGGAUAUGAACGGAAGAAACUCGUCUAACAAUGGUAACUCCAACGGAAGAAACUCUUCUAACCAUGGUAAUGGGUUACCACCGGCGAAUUUGGAGUUGAACGUAGGAUUAGAUUCGCUUGAUCAUCAACAGGUGCCUUUGAGCUUGAUUAACGGACGACCUGCAGUAGGUUUAUCUGCAAGACAUACCAUUAAUGGAAAUCUGCAAGCUCAUCUUAUAAACCAACCCAACUACUUCAUGCGAAACCCAGUUCGCAAUCCCGUCGCCAAUACCCGUGCUCUCAAUCAGAGCUUCACUCAUUUCAGCACGAUGUCUUCACCUCCAUUAAUCCAAACUAGUCCGGCCAUGACUUGGCCGCCGCCGCCGCAGCAGCAGCAGGAGAUAUGUGAAUAUCAAUACCCCAUACCCGAGAGUGAUUUCUUGUCCAUGGGUGGCUUCAGUACCGGUCCCCCAGUCCCCUAUUUCUUGGAAUUGCAGCAGGGACAAAUUUAUAAUCACCAAAUCAUGAAUCAUAACUAUAAUGCUAGAGCUUCAACCGCCGCUACUAUGGGUUAUCUAACCCCUCUGGAUAUUCUCAACAGCCAAUCCAGGCCCAUCCAGAGUACUGCUCCUGCUGCUACAAGACCGUCAUCAUCAAGGCGUAACAGCCGCAAUAAUAAUGCUUCAAAUGUUCAGAUCUAUCAACAAAGAUCAAUCACAACUGGAAGAAGGAGAAGGAACCUGGCUCAAGUGAUUCAGGAUUUGAUCAACAGACAAAAUCAGGAACAAUCGGUAAGUUGGAUUGGAGAAGAAAUUGAUCAUGAAGCUGGAUUGAACGAGGGAGAGAUCAUGAUGAGUGUGGAGAGAUUGAUCCAUUGCCCGUCUUUUGUAAUGAGUGAGCACGAAGGAGAAGCCUGUGCCAUUUGUCAGGAAGAGUUUAAGCAAGGAGAUGAUGAUAUAUGCAAACUACGGUGUAAUCACAUCUACCAUUUUGAGUGCAUUAAGGCCUGGCUAAUGCAAAGGAAUUUCUGCCCAAUCUGUAGGGCACCAGCUAUGUACUUUUAA